GUGCUUCCAUUAAAUUGGGGUUUCUGUUGAAUAAUGUCCUUGCCUUCUGCUCUGCCAUUGUUGUCCACUUCUCAUUCAUCUCCUCACGCAGCGCGAACAAAGACACGUCAGCCUCGCCCUCUGAUUGGCUCCCUGCCGGGGCCCCGCGACGCUGCUGUGCCGCGAGCUCCGCCACAACAGAUGGACCUCUCGCGCUCUCCUCCUCCUACCAGCUUCUGGAUGCACUGCUGCACGCGCCCCGCUGAUUGUGUCCAACGGCAGGAUAACGAGCGACUUGUCCCAGGAGUUUUAACAGCUAACGCUCAGUUCAGGAGAAACGACUGGAUAAACGACUGGAAGACGGAAGAAAAGGACCGAGGAGACCUAUGUUAGAAGGACAGGUUAGGUCGAGACAAAGUUGGAGAGUUAAGGCUGAGAUGGAUUGGACAUACAGAGGAGGGACAGCAAAUACACCGAACAAAGGAAGGUGAAUAUGGAGCCUGCCAGGCAGAAGGAAAAGACCACAGAGAAGAUGGAUGCAGUGAAAGAGGACAUGUAGAGGGGCAGGUGUGAUACAGGAGGAUGCUAGAGGCAAGCUGGCCACAUGUCCGUCGCAGACCGCUGCCUUUGACCGUGAUAAUAAAGGCUAAUGUCUUCCAUUGUGUAGGUCAGUGCUUAGCUUUUGAGCUCUUGACAGGGCUAAUAUAGGUGAUGAAAUAUUGAUAGCCCCUGGCUGAUUGGCGUUAAAUAUUUAAUUUGUCCACAUUAACUGAAGCUUUUUAUUUCAGAGAUUGACAGCCUCAUCUUAUUUUAUCAGCGCUGCGUGUUCAAGCUGCUUCUGUUUACACUAAACUGUGGAAGUAUGUGCCUGAUCCAAGAGUUUAAAGAUUGAUAACAGGUCACGUUCAGAAGAAAAGACCCUCUUGGAUCACUGACACCUGAGAAUACAAACAGAAUCUGCCUGCCUAUAACUUUGGCUGCCUAUCCUCAUAGGCAGCUUCUUCUCUGGUGACUCAACAACAACUCAUAGUCUUUACAACGCUCCUCUCAUGCUCACUGAGAAUGGAUGAUACACAGUACGGGGUUCAGAUCGGAGAGAACAAGUUCGUCAGCAAGUCAACAGUCCUGUCACAUCUUAAAACUUACAACCUCUAUUAUGAAGGGCAGAAUCUGCAGCUGCGGCACAGAGAGGAAGAAGAGGAACUGAUUGUUGAGGGCUUGCUGAAUAUCUUUUGGGGCCUCCGGCGACCAAUCAGGCUACAGAUGCAGGAUGACCACGAGCGAAUCCGGCCGCCCCCCUCCUCCACGUCUUGGCACUCGGGUUGCAAUCUGGACAGUCAAGGUUCUCCCACCACCACAGAUGGUCAACAGACUCAGCAGAGUUCACCCACAGUGGAAGUGACGCCACCUGACAGCCAACCAGAGGACAACGGUGUGACUGAAGAGGAGGCAGAAGAGGACAGUGAGAGCUCCGCUCAGCUCCUCAGGACAAAGAGCGAUGCCGGGGUCUUAAGGAGAGGCCAGCGAAGGUCACCAAGUGACCAGAGGAAAAUCCGACGCCAUCGAUUCUCCAUCAACGGACACUUCUACAACCAUAAAACAGCAGUGUUUACGCCUGCUUACGGGUCGGUGACUAACGUUCGCAUCAACAGCUGUAUGACCACGCCGCAGGUGCUACGAGUUCUCCUUAACAAGUUCAAAAUCGAAAACAGCCCAGAUGAUUUUGCACUCUAUCUGGUCCAUGCUAGUGGAGAGCGCGUGAAACUGAAGCGGACUGACUAUCCUAUGUUGCUGAGAGUCAUGCAGGGACCGUGUGAGCAAGUCUGCAAAAUAUUCCUCAUGGAAGAAGAUCUCGGAGAAGAAGUCACAUAUGAUGUGGCGCAGUAUAUCAAGUUUGAGAUGCCUGUCCUCCAGAGUUUCAUCACCAAGCUAAAGGAAGAGGAGGACAGAGAGGUGCAGAAACUCAGGAGAAGGUAUAACUAUAUUCGGAAUAUAAUCGAGAAGCAGCUCCAGUGUCUUCCAGAGGGGGCAAAGUGUAUGUGAUCUGCUCAUGGCAGGGCCCCCUAACCCCACACCAAACUGUCACCACAGCUGCCAAGCCGUGACCAAGAGAAUGACCAAGAAUCAGCUGACAAGAGCAACAAGUACAUGUUUCACCAACUGUCCUCCCUCAGCACAUCCCACAAUCAGUCAGCCCACAGUUUGCUUUUUCGUGCACGUGUUGAGUGUGACCAUCUCUGUGAUACUGAGAGCCAUGGCAACACACACACUUUUUUUUUUUCUUUGCUUUUCUUUACCAUGAACAGAGCACUCGGACAAACGUCUCCUGUUUGUGUUUUUUGACCUUUUUUUAGUCUGUUAGCCUGCAAGAUGAGGCUAAAAUGUAACCCGUCUUCUGCCUUCUCUGCAGGAAAUAUUCAAAAUCGUUUUAAAGCACAAAUGUCAUCUUAUAGUGACUAUAUAGGUUUCUCCAAGCACAAAACACACAAAGUUGGUGGGAUACUUUGAAGCUGAUGUAAACAUUUAGGACCUUUUUCAUUUCAUUGAUGUGAAAUCUUUUUAUUGCCACUGCAGGCUGUGAUAAUGCAGUUACACACAGUAUUUGGCGUUUUACGUGUAGGCAGCAUGUAAGACUGAGAAUCACAGGGAACAACCAUCCUGUAAAUGUGGAGUGGUCUGACGGUGACAAAAAUGAACCUUACAUAUUUCAUUAAAUGUAAUGCAUAAAAAGCCCAAGUGAAAAAGUAUGGAAAAGUGAUUCCUGCAUAUCAAGCCCCCAAAACUUCAACUGCCAUGUUUAUGUUUGGUGGCACCGGUCUUUGUCCUGCUUACUGAGUUUUAAAUGAGAUCUGGUGACAUUGAAGCCAAACUCUCAGCAUGAAGUUAGAUCCAGAAGUUCCCCAAAAUAACAGACUAUUCCUUGGAAUAAUGCAACUUUUUUGAGCUGCUUGUUUUGUUCCUACACACAUUAAUGUCUUACUCUAAAGGUUUGCCGGACGUUAACCAGAUUGCACAAAAUCUUCAUGUUUUGUUUUCAUUUUGGUUUAGGUUUUUUUUUUUUUUUAGUUUUUUUGACAUCUACAUCCAGCAGAGACAAGAAGCACAAAACGAUAAUCCCACAAGACUGUGAAUUUUACGGAGAAUGUUUUUAAACGUACGAACGAGCAUUUCUAAGCAGUGCGGUUUGCCUCCACAUGUACAGCACUUUGUCUCCUUCCGCCUGACAGUUCAGUAUUUCUGACACGCAGUGGACGACGCCCCGAAGAUUGUGUGAGAGCAUGCAUGUUGUGUUUUUUGUGACUCCUAAGACUUGCCUGCUUUUGUAUUGUGUCUUUUACAAAGUAAAGAAGAAAUUUUAGCCUUUAAAGUGUUAACUCUUGCCACUACUUUGUGGAAGUUUUCGUACAAUGUUUGUUAUUUAAUAAAAAAUUUGUCUGGGGAAAAUGAA